AUGGCGGCGGCGCGGUCGCGGUCGCUCUUCUUGUGGGACGACGGUAGCCCGAUGCGGUUCUACGUGCGGCCCGGGUUGGCCAAGCUGCGCCUGGCGCCGCUGGUGCUGGCGGGCGGCGGGCGGUUGUGCCGGGUGCAGGAGCCGGGAGCCGUGCUCUUGGCGCAGCCCGGGGAGGCGGCGCCGGCCGGGGCUGUCUCCACCGAGUACGUGACGGAGUGCGUGGAGCGCAACCGGCGGCUGCCGCUGGAGCCCUUCCGACUGCCCGCCGCGCUGCCCGCUCCCUCACUGUCCGCCGCCUCGCCCCGCGGCCGCCUGCCUUUCACGGAGGCGGAGGACGCGGCGCUGCUGCGGGCGGUGCGCGGGCGGGGCCAGGCGCGGGCGGGCGGCCGGGCGCUGUGGAAGGAGCUGGAGCGGGCCGGCCUGACGAGGCACAGCUGGCAGGCCAUGCGCGACCGCUACCAGCGGCACCUGCGGCCGCUGCUGGGCGAGCCCCGACGGACGGCGGAGCCGGCAGAAAGUCGAGGUCUCUUCGAGGAAGCCAACCGGGAGUUUGAAAGCACGGAGUCAGGAAGUGACACUUCAGACAUCUCAGAAGAACUUUCUACACGAGAUGGAGAAGGAAAGGCCCCAGGAGAAACAGCAUCUGGUUUCAGAACUGGACCAGAGGACUCUGCUCUCCCUGACACUCAAUUGCAAAGGGAAGAAACACCAACAAGCACUUGCUCUUCCAGCGUGGUGGGAGAAGUAGUAAAAACUAUGCAGCAUUUCAUGGAGAAGUUUGGCAUGGACCUGUUGACUGUUACACAGGCCUUCCUGAAAAACACGGGUGAAGUGGAAACUACUUUACACUUUCUACAGACGGGGCAGCGCUUGGACGGGUACCCUGUGUGGAGCAGAGAGGAUGAUUUGGAAUUGCAAAAAGAUGAUGAACGGGUCAGAAAUAAAUUGAUAGCAAAAUUUGGAGCUGAAAAUGUGGCAAAGCGGGUAGCAUUUAGGAAGAGUUAGAUAGCAAAGCAGAGGGGAAUGGCUGAUCCAGGACUGUGGUAGGACCUUAAAAAAACAAAAUCAUUUGAGAAAUGCAAAUGUGAUAAAGUUUGAUGCAGCAUUCUGAAGGAUCAGAAAUGCUUUAAAAUAAUUGUUUAUAAAAGGCCUAUUUUCUAUUUGAUUUUUCUUUGUAAUACUGAGUACACUAAACAUUUAGAAAUGGAAAACAGCAAAGAGAAGGAUUCUAUGCAGUAUCAGGUUUUCUCUGAAAAUUUGCUUUAAAAUGUGUAUCCACGAUAUAAACCAGCAGACAGUCCUACCUGUAGAUUGCUGCAUUGCAAAGGCUUUUGGACAGAGUUGGCACCAAAAUCUGACAGAAUCACAGUAAGUGCUCUAACCUGUCGUGCAUUAUUAGUGCACAAUAGCAGCCUGUUCUCUCCCAUGUGUCUUCUUCAAACUGGUGUGGAUGAUAAUUUCAUAACCUCUUUUUUUGUUGAUGUUAAUGAACCUCGAUUACGUUUGCAGACGUUUAGGAAGUUAAAUUUUCAUCAUCUCCAAAGAGGGACCAAGAAUAUUCAUGCCAGAAGGUGAGGCACUUGGUCCUGUAAAUGAAUGCUGAGAUGUCUCAGAGUGGCCGAGUGUACUGGGAAUGGCCAAAAAAGGUCACAGUGACGUUAUAAUAUUCCAUCUCAUGUUACAGAGAUCUCUCAGUUAAAACCUCAGGCCGGUGGACGAUCACCUCAGUGUUCAUUACCACUUCCAGAGUGUGUUCUCCAGUGCUAAUGUUGCAGGGUUUGUUUAAUAAGGUCAGCUUUACCAUCUUGCUUCAUGAUUUCAAAAACAAUAGCUCUACCCCAGCUUGCAUCUCUGCAGAUUGAAGAGUCCCAGCUUCUUUAAUCCAGGCAAAGUAACGCUUUUAGAACUUGUGCCAGACUACAUAGUCUAGUUGGAAGAAGCAGACCAGGUUGCAAGGCCACGUGCAAUAGUUUGAGUAGGAGACACAAGAAGAAAGAGUGCUCAGAGUUUGUUUAGGUAUCUGUCACCGAAGUUAUAUUUCAGGGAGAACACCAUUGCUCGUAUACAGUCACAAUCUGAAAAAACUCAGUACUUUCAGCCUGAAAUCAUGCUCUGGUCACUAUUUUAAUAUUAUUUGAAGUCAGUCCUGUAAAUCUAGAAUUCAUUCUUUUGGUGAAAUAAAAUGGGCUUGUAACAGCAAAGAUUGAUUUUUAUUUUUAUUUCCCUUAGAAUUGUAUUUUGGGUUUUUGCUUAUUGCACUUUGGCACUCAAAAAAAAAAUUCAAGUGAAUUAGGAAAUUGCUGAGUUUGAGCCAAAUUCGAAUGAUAUUGAAAGUCAAUGAUAUAAUGCUAUUGCUACUUAAGGAAACCGCUACUCUGAAACAGCGACUGAUUAUUUGGGGAGUUAACCAAUGUAACCAAAUAAAUGCCAAAACUCUGUUUCAGACUAUACAGUGUUUCACUGGACAGGUCAUUCCUGCUGAAAAAGGGAGAAUUAUUUGGUACAUUCACGCUGCUCAGAGUGGUUACUUGAGGCUUGUGGGGAAGACCAGACAAGCACUUAACAAGAAAGUGCAAGACAAUGUAGCAAAUAAGGCAGUAAGACUUUUUUAAAAUGAGAAACUUUGCCAGGAGGAUUUGAAACCCAAGGACUGCUGAUGACCAGAGUCAUGAACAGGAGACCUGUCACCUCCUGUAGCCAAAACCUCCUGCUCCAGUUUGGGUGGUGUAUGCGUCGUGGUAGCUCCAUAACCUCACGAUUCAGUGGUCAUCUCGUUUAACCAAACCUGCUCUAGGAUUCAAAGUGAGAGGUAGAACAUGCUAUGUUCGCAUUAAGACAACUUUAAAUUUUCACAUGACCACACUAUUUGGCUUUGGUUCUUCCAGAAAAAAUGAAAUCUUACCAAUUGUUGCAUUGAGGGAACGUAGCUAAAGGAGUUUAGUAAAGAUAUUCUGAAAUCAAUGAUCCUGCUUUUUCUGAAAUAAGCUUAGGAAGCACAACUUAAAGUAAUUUUCAAAACAGGACAUUAAAAAAAUGCAUUGUGUGUUAUUUUUAUGUCAUUUGUUUACUGGCUGACUGGAAACACUAUGUAGGUUUUUGUCCAGCUAAACAUUUGAUACAUGGAAUUAAUUGAGUCUGCUGAAAACAAGUAUUCAAAAUAAAACGUACACCAAUCAAGCUGG